GUACUAAUAGACAAGACUUAUCUCGUCACUGGCCGUACUUUGGCUCUCCACGAAAGAUCGUUAUUGCUGGUUGCUGUUGCUUCGUUAUCAAUUAUUGGGUAUCUUUGUUCAAUUUCAUUUUCAUUCCCAAUAAUGAGACUGUUGUUUCUUUUGGUGGCAGUGGGCAGUGUCUCCUGCUUUGUGGUUCCCAACCAGGCGAGUAUUAGUAAGAGGCUGCCGCCGUUGUCCGCAUCCAUUAGCGCCACUCCCACGGGUGGUGUGAUUAUUACCAAUCAACAGUUACAAGACUUGGCUCGCAACGAUUAUGUCGUGAUUCCCAAUUUUCUAUCGAAGGAUCUGCAGGAAUCCUUACGACAAGAUGUCAAAUCCUUGCGAGACGAAGGUCACUUUUCGGUCGCUAAAAUUGGACAAGAUUCCACCAACACUCUGAACCAACAAAUCCGACAAGCGUCAACGUGCUUUAUUGGUGGCGCCACACGAGAGAAUCUGCCCUCCAAUGCGGCUCGAUCCAAUAUGAUUUCCGUCUUGGAACAAGUCUGUCAACAAUUGUCCGACAAUGCAUCGCUGCUGGCAUCUCCUCGUCUCGACAACAAUCUGUCCGAAUUGCUCUAUGCCUACUAUCCAACGGGAGGAUUCUAUCGUCGUCAUCGCGAUGCCAUUUCAGGAUCGGCAUCCGUCCUACGGACAUUUUCACUACUCCUCUAUCUCAAUCAAGAUUGGACGCCGGAAGAUGCCGGCAAUUUACGCAUGCACAUGGAUAGUGGCGGCGACGAAUUGCCCGCGGGAGAAGAACCCAAUUUUCUGGACGUUGCACCGGAAGGAGGGACACUUGUCUUGUUUGAUAGUGCCAAAAUACCACACGAAGUACUCGAUACCAAUUCCGAACGACUGGCCAUUGUGGGAUGGUACAAUCGAGAACUGGCCGUGUCGGAUAUUGCCGAAUUGGGAGGUGCCGAUCCGAUUCGCAUGGCCAUGCUGGCCGUCGCAGCUGGACUGGUCACGGUGGGGUUGGUCAAUAUUCUGUCGUAACUAUCUACAAUAUAAUAUAAUAUGAAAUGGC